AUGGAAGACUCUAGUUUAAAAACAGUUUUACCUACACCAGAAGAAACAGAAGAACCAUAUUCAAAGAAAUUUAAAAUUGAUAGCAAUCAAGUGAUCUUUGAGAGGGGGCAACAGCAGUUAUUUGAAAUAUGCAAUGAAGAUAACAAAUCAGCAAAUAAGUUUCUGUGUUUUCCUAAAACAUGGAAUUUUAGUCAACAUAAUUUGGAGUUACGAGAGAAAAGCAGUACAAUUUUAAAAAACAGUGUAAGACAACAUGCAAAUUUCAAGAUGUUUAUGAAUGCCAAAUUACAAUCCAGAUUGUUAGAAAAUAUUCCGUACAUUGGAAAAUGGCCUUCUAAUAGUUGUACUACUCUUAGGAAUGGUAGUUGCAAGUUAAAGAAAAAUAAUUCAGAUUUCAUACAACUUGAAUCUUUGGUCUCAUAUGCAAAAGAAAGUGAAACGGCAACAAAGACAAAUAUGUCAAAGACAAAUGAAUGGCCAACAAGAGGUAUAAUUUUUUAUAUUAUCUUGGCAGAAAAGUUUAUUGCAAGAAUAGAAUCUUUAUUUGGAGAUGUGCCAGAAUUUCAAAAUAAAGAAAAGAACCCAGGUUGUUGUCAUGCGUAUAAAAUGUUACAGUCAGAAGAACAACAUCUUAUUUCAAAACCAGUUAGAAGUUAUGAAAAUAGUGAUAAAGAAGUCUUAAAGUUCUGUUUUCCAUUUAAAUAUUUUAUGAAUGGAAAAAAGUCAGACUUUGAAUCUUUGAACUAUGAGUAUAAAAAUAUUUUACAUAAGAACAAUGAUAUUUUAUCCUACAAAAAGCAAAGAAGAUUUUAUAGAAGGAAGAAUUUCAGAAGAAACAAAAUAUUUCGGCACACAUAUACACUUUAUUCAAAAAAAUGUGGAAUAAAUCUUAAAUUAACAAAAGGUAUUGCUUUUGAACUGUUUUUACAAAGUAAAGGAACAUAUCAUUACACCUCAUGUUCUACAAAACAAAAAGGUGAAGAUUCAAGAGAAGAGCAUUUUUCUUCAGAAACUAACAGAAGAGAUCAAUUUGAGUUAGUACUGGAAGAGCUUCGUAUGUUCAAUGAAAUUAGUAAGGCAAAUGAAAAUAGCCUGUCACAAACAGAAAUAAAUAUCCUUGAGAAAGAAUCUCAUGUACUAAAUUGUUCUGACAACAUACCAGAUCAAGUUAACAGAAAUAUCAAUCCAGUCAUUUCCACAACUGAUAUUACUAUGAGUUGCACAUCUGGGGUAAAGCAAAACAGCUAUACAAAAAGUUCAUUUCACCAGAACAUACAAUUUGGAGAGCAAGAGAUACCCCACAACUACAGUUCAAAUCUGUCAGAUGAAGAAUUGUUCUGUUCAUCUUCUGAAAAACGUGCUCAUUGUAAACAAUCUUUCUCUUGGAACCCUGCAUUCGUAUCUCAAACAUUCACAAAAGAAGGAAGCUAUAAUUUAACAACAGAAAGAGGAAACUGUUUACUCAGUGGAAUUAUAAGAAUACAGCCUCUGAAAACAUGUUGCGGUCCUUUAAGAGUUGGAUUGUCAAGGAAAGCUAAACUCAAGCAGCUUCAUCCGUAUUUAAAAUAG